AUGGGCCCCAAUCUUCUUGGUCGAUUGCGUGCGAUGCAAGCUGAACUGACAUUCAUCCGUCAGGAUAUACAUACUUAUCCAGAGACGGCAAUGAAAGAAGUACGAACCUCUGCUAUGGUUGCUGCUAAACUUAGACAGUGGAGUAUAAAUGUCACUGAAGGAGUGGGCAAGCUAGGUGUAGUUGGCACAUUGAAAAGUAACAAACCAGGUAAUCGUUCUAUUGGCCUGCGUGCUGAUAUGGAUGCUCUUGAAGUCGUUGAGAAAACUGAUGUAUCUUAUGUUUCGACGAUUCCUGGUAUCAUGCAUGCGUGUGGUCACGAUGGACAUACUACAAUGUUACUUGGUGCAGCUAAAUAUCUGGCAGAGAAUCGAGAUUCAUUUUCUGGAACUGUUUAUUUUAUUUUCCAACCUGCUGAAGAAAAACACUAUGGCGCAAUUGCCAUGAUAAAAGAUGAACUUUUUGACCGAUUUCCAAUGGAUGCAAUCUAUGGAUUACAUAAUGCUGUAGGUUUACCUGUUGGACAAUUCGCCAUUCGAUCAGGUCCACUAAUGGCAGCAGCCGAUACUUGGGUUGUUACAUUUCGAGGUACUGGUGGCCAUGGUGCUGCACCACAUUUAGCCACCGAUGUCACUGUGGUGCUAGCAGAAUUCAUUCUAGCAUUACAAACAAUCAUAAGUCAUAACAUUGCACCGACCGAUGCAGCUGUCAUAAGUGUCGGUGCUAUUCAAAGUGGAUUUCUCGAAUCACUGAAUGUGUUACCAUCGGAAGUUCGUGUUGGUGGUACUGUUCGUAGUUUUACUAAAGAGGUCAAAGAUACAAUUGAACGACGUAUGAAUGAGUUGGCAGAUGGUCUUGCUACUAGUUUUGGGUGCAAAGCUGAAGUGAUAUUCAAUCGACAAGGACUUGCACUUGUCAAUGAUGUUCAGGCUACAGAAAGAGCUAUUAGAGCAGCUGAAAGUCUCGUAAGCGCCGAAAACGUCGAUGGAAACACAACACCAACAUCGAAUGCAGAAGAUUUUGCUGAAAUGCUCGAACAGAAACCAGGUGCUUAUAUCUUUAUGGGAAAUGGAAACCAAUCCGGUGAACUUCAUUCGCCAACGUACAACUUCAAUGACGAUACUAUUAUUUUUGGCGUGGGCUAUUGGAUCAGUCUAGUACAACAAGAACUUCAAAAUGAGCUUCAUGUAUCUAUGUUGUAA